CCCUGCCUGCAGCCGGCGGUGUAGGCCAUCCCGGGUCCUUGGUCGUCUGCAGCCCAGCUCGCCGGCUCCUGACUCCGGGUUCUGCGCACCCACGUGCCCUCCCAGCACAAUACCCAGCAGCUCCGCCAUAAAUGCUCGUUUACGGGGCGUGGAGGGGGACCUCCAAUUUCCCGUCAGGGUCUGAUUCGAGAGUGCAAGCCCCGGAGGCGGACCCCCGCAGGCCUUCCUGCCGCACUCCAGCCCCAGGGCCUCCGAGCCCGGGCUCACCCACCUCGCGGGGCGCUGUAUCCGCCACCGCCCAGCGUCGGCUGCCGGGACGGCCCCUCCCCCCCGCGGACACGCGCGGCGCGGGGCGAGGCUGAUCCACGCGGCUGCCGCGCUCGGCACCGCCCAACAGUCGCCGAACCUUCUGGAAGCCGCUCCCCACCGCGCCCCACCGCCGCCAGAACCGGACGCCCCAGACGCCGGCGGCGGCCCGAGGGGCGGGGCGCGCAGGGGCGGGGCCUGCGCAGGAGACCGCAUUCGAUUCGCGGCCGGCGCCUAGGUCCCGCCCCUCCGACGCGCAGGCCCCGCCUCCACCCUCCCCCUCCAUGGCGCCGCCCGGGCUCAUUCAUUCCGCGCCAGGCCCGCCAGACACCUGCGUUCUCUUUCAGUCGUUCGCCGACGCUGCCAGCAUGUCGGGCCCCGCCGCGGAGACCCCGUCCGCCAUCCAGAUCUGCCGGAUCAUGAGGCCGGAUGAUGCCAAUGUGGCUGGCAAUGUCCACGGUGGAACCAUCCUGAAGAUGAUCGAGGAGGCAGGGGCCAUCAUCAGCACCCGGCACUGUAACAGCCAGAAUGGGGAGCGCUGCGUGGCCGCCCUGGCCCGGGUCGAGCGCACCGACUUCCUGUCGCCCAUGUGCAUCGGGGAGGUGGCGCACGUCAGCGCAGAGAUCACCUAUACCUCCAAGCACUCCGUGGAAGUCCAGGUCAACGUGAUGUCUGAAAACAUCCUCACAGGAACUAAAAAGCUGACCAACAAGGCCACCCUGUGGUACGUGCCCCUGUCGCUGAAGAACGUGGACAAGGUCCUGGAGGUGCCUCCGGUCGUGUAUUCCCGACAGGAGCAGGAGGAGGAGGGCCGGAAGCGGUACGAGGCCCAGAAGCUGGAGCGCAUGGAGACCAAGUGGAGAAACGGAGACAUCGUGCAGCCCGUCCCGAACCCAGAGCCGAACACGGUCAGCUACAGCCAGUCCAGCUUGAUCCAUCUGGUGGGGCCUUCCGACUGCACCCUGCACGGCUUCGUGCACGGAGGUGUCACCAUGAAGCUCAUGGACGAGGUGGCUGGGAUCGUGGCCGCACGUCACUGCAAGACCAACAUAGUCACCGCUUCUGUGGACGCCAUUAACUUUCACGACAAGAUCAGAAAAGGGUGCGUCAUCACCAUCUCCGGGCGCAUGACCUUCACGAGCAACAAGUCCAUGGAAAUCGAGGUGUUGGUGGACGCCGACCCCGUGGUGGACAACUCGCAGAAGCGCUACCGGGCAGCCAGCGCCUUCUUCACCUACGUGUCCCUGAGCCAGGAGGGCAAGUCGCUGCCCGUGCCCCAGCUCGUGCCCGAGACCGAGGACGAGAAGAAGCGCUUUGAGGAAGGCAAAGGGCGGUACCUGCAGAUGAAGGCAAAACGGCAGGGCCAGGCGGAGCCCCAGCCCUAGGCGCCCCCUCCCGCGCCAGGCCUGCGGGGGCCCCAGUGUCUAGUCACUUAGAAUUUACCCCCUUGGCCGAAAACCCAAUCCACAUUGAGAGCUGGUGUCGUGUGAAGUGUUCGUCUUGCAGUGUUAACCUGUGCUCUCUCCUGAAAACCUACACACCAAAGCUUUAUUUAUACCACUCCAGUGUCGUCCCUCCCGCUGGAGGCACUCCCGAGGGAAUGCUCGCGUGCACGGUGUGUACGGAAUCCAGCGUCACUAAUAAAGCUGCUGUUUGACUGGA